CCCGUGUCUGGUUCACACCAUCACAGGGGAUCUGCUUAGGGCCCUGGAGGGGCCAGAGCUGUGCCAGCGGCCCCGCCUCAUUUCAGUAUCCAGUGAGGGCCACUGCAUCAUCUACUAUGAGAGAGGUCGCUUCUGCAACUUCAGCAUAAAUGGAAAACUGCUGGCACAAAUGGAGGUCAAUGAUUCCACGCGGGCGAUCCUGUUGAGCAGCGACGGGCAGAAUUUGGUGACAGGAGGUGAUAACGGAGUUGUGGAAGUGUGGCAGGCGUGCGACUUCAAACAGCUUUACAUCUAUCCAGGCUGCGACGCAGGAAUCCGUGCCAUGGACCUCUCGCAUGACCAGAGGACUCUCAUCACCGGCAUGGCGUCUGGCAGCAUUGUGGCGUUCAACAUAGACUUCAACCGCUGGCACUACGAACACCAGAACAGGUACUGAGGUGGACAGUGUGAGGAAGAGGAAGAUGGAGAGAGGAGAGAAGAACAAGAGGGAGAGGAGGUGAUGCAUUCUGCUGCGUAUCUGCAACGCGGGAAAACUAAAGGUACCGAGAGGAAGGAAAAACAAGUACCGGACCUUAGGCUCUAAUCCCUUGUGAAGUUUACUUGAUUUGAGGAUGCAGCAGCGCUGGUGGAAAAAACUUCCUCUGUGCAUACGUGUACGUACACACAGGUGUGUAACCACAGACACAUAAUACCCCGAAGAUACACACCAAAACCUGCUAAUAAAAUAGACAGAUUGCAGAAUGGGGGGAAAAAGAGCAAGUCAAGCAGACCUUGUAGAGGUCGAUCAUACUCGUACCACUCACAGGACUGGUGCAGUUGCCGUUCCUGGUACGCUUAAUGCUUCACACACAAAGAACCUAAGUUUUGUUUUCCGUUAUAUUUUUCUUCUUUACCAAUUUUUGUUGUAUACUUUUCAUUUUGCGGGGAAUUAGUCUGGGAAUUAUUUGGGUGGGCUAUAAAUUCAGACUCCUUCAAUGUGUCUAAACUGAUUAGAUAUGGUCAGAAAUGAACCAGCCCCGCCCACUGUUCAAAACCGGUGCUAUUGGCUCAAUCUUAAAAUUCCCCUCCUUGAAAAAUUGCUUGGGGUUAUGAUUUUAUUUGCUUUUAUCUUUAUUUUAUUUUAUAAUGCUAAUUUAAUUUCUUCUUUUACCCGCAGCAGGGUUAAAUCUGAUUUUUAUGUAAAUAAGGCUCUGCUUCCGUCAGAGUCUACACGUGUUCUUUCACUACACAAACUGCGCUUAUCACCUUUAAUUUAUUAAUGACUUGCUGUAUGUAAAAUAUUGUGUAAUAAUUACUAUAAUGUCGACAAGACUGAUGAUAAUAAUGGCAGUGUCAAGGAUGGUGAUUGUUUUGCCGGAGAUGGUAACGAUACAGAGAUGUUGCCAGUGCCACCAAGGAUGACAACCACAAGACUGACAUGAUUUCCUUUGUAUAUUUGGUGAUUGUUUUGUCAAAUAUGUACAUAUAGUCUUGGUUCAGGCUUGGUGGGAGACUUAAUCAGCUGAAUAAGACUGAAAGCGCAAAGGAAACCUUCACUUACCCACAUUUGUUGAUUAUUUAAAAAAAGAGAAUCGAAUCAAUGUAAAAGUUUGUUUUGUAUUUGCACUUUGCACCAAUCACAUAUCAUUAUUUAUUAGCUUGGUUCUUUCUGGUCGGCUGCCAUUUUGUUUAGGUCCAUUUCCCCUUCGGGAUUAUUUGUGCAUUGAUGUUUGUAUUUAAAGCGUUGAGCUCAUGUGUGAUUAUUAGGUUUUACAACCUCACAGUUGUAAGCAAUAUCAUGAUUCUGUAGCUGAUAGAGAUGGGAAGGUGGGAGGAGAGGGGAUGAAAUGUGAGAUGUACUGUAUGUGUGAAGCCAUCUUGAUCAAAUGCGCACAUGCACAUACUCUAUCGACAGGUUCAACUUACGUAUCCAAAAAAAGGUUAAAUAUUUUUGGAUCUAUGA